AUGACGAAAUUAACGUGCUACUAUGUCCGCAGCUCCAGACCGGGCCGACCACCGAAACGCGCGUCCGGUGUUGGUCUUUCACUGGCAGCCACGCAGUUCCCCGGGCAUCCGUUCAAGAAACAUCGGUUGGAGAACGGUGAUUAUUCGCCCUACGAAAACGGACAUAUGAGCGAAAUGGGCCGCAUGGAGAAGUCACCGCUCCUCGCCAACGGGUACAACGCACCACCGACUCACUUGGGGCCCAUGGGUUUUAUGCAUCAACACGCACUCAUGUCUCCGGGCAUGCCGCAUCCAGGUGUACCCAGACCUGACGGCUCCAUCAUAAAAGGCCAACCGAUGCACAAUAUGGAAGCUCUUGCAAGAUCUGGUAUUUGGGAGAAUUGUAGAGCAGCUUACGAAGACAUCGUAAAACAUCUAGAAAGGUUACGCGACGAGAGAGGCGACAUUGAACGCGUCAUAGCCAUGGAUAAAGCGCGUGAGGGUUCACACAAUGGCUCUUCCCCAGGACAUAGUCCUGUCCUUAACUUAUCUAAAUCUGGGUCUGGUGGCGAUCGUGAACGACAAGAACGGGGUGAUCGCGAUCGAGGCGAAAGGGGCGAUGGCUCCGCCAGCGGCAGAAGUUCCGCUGCCUCCCCUCGCACCCCUCAGCCGCCGCGGCUGCCAUCCACUGCCACUGCGGCAGCUUCUCCUCGCUCACAUACUGACGAGAGCGACGCAGCCUUGUCUGAUCAAGACGACCACAACGUUAAAGAUGAAGAUGAUGGUGCAGAUUUGAGCGACGGUGAGCAUGAACCCGCGUCGUCUUCGCCAGCGCCGGUGAGCUACGCGGCGGCGACCACCACACCGCCGUCGGUGCCCGUCGACCCUACCGCCGAUACGCUGGUUUCCUCCACCGAAACGCUAUUGCGCAACAUACAAGGCUUGCUCAAGGUCGCCGCUGAUAACGCCCGUCAGCAGGAAAGGCAGAUCAGCUAUGAAAAAGCUGAAUUGAAGAUGGAUGUACUUAGAGAACGGGAGGUGAAAGACAACCUGGAGAGACAAUUACUCGACGAACAAAAAAUGAGAGUUAUGUACCAAAAGCGGCUCAAGAAAGAACGAAAACAACGACAACAGAUUCAAGAACAGUUAGAAAAUGAACUGAAAAGGCGGCAGAAGAUAGAGGAAGCGCUUAAACAGUCCGGAGCUCCUGCAGAAAUACUCAGAAUUGUCACUGAGAACAUGAGUCCAUCAACGCAAGAGACCCGAUUGGAACGCGAGAACGGUUCUGAGAGCAAGCCGCCUAGUGCUGAACCUCCGCCAGCGUCACCUCCGUUCUCUCGCGAGCCUCCCCGCACGCCCGAUAAGCCGCAAUGGAGCUACCCGCCCCCGCCCGUGGACAUCAUGCCCGGUGGAGCGGCCUUCUGGCAGAACUACUCCGAAUCCUUGGCGCAAGAGUUGGAAAUGGAGCGCAAAUCCCGCCAACAGGCCAUGGAACGUGAUGUGAAGAGUCCUUUGUCAGAACGUGCCAGCUACUACAAAAACUCAGUGCUGUUCAGCUCGGCCACUUAG